ACUUUACUCCUUAAAAAUUGGCGGUGCGACGCCCUCUUAAAUGGAUCAAUUUUUUUUUUUUUAAUAAACAUCCAUUCCAUAGGCCUUAUGCGUUUAGGACAGCAGCUGCAACCGCUCCGUUGUCCGUCGACACACGAAUGAUUAAUGAUAAAUAAUAAUAAUAAUAAUAAUAAUAAUAUAAUAAUUAUCGUUCGAGCCAAGUGAAAUAUUUUUUUUUUCCACCGUCUCCCCCCGGUUGCCAAUCCUAUUACGGAUCUGCUCUGGCGGUGGUGACAUACUAAAAAACGCGUGUCGAGUAUUUUAACAACAACAAUAAUAAUGUUCUUUUUUUCUUUUUUUCUAUCUAAAUAAUAACAUCAACAAAAACAAACCGUACAACGGGGUCGUCCGGCCGAGUGCGAGUGUUGGCUGCAAUAAUAUGAACGCGGCCCAAAGGUAGGGCAGACACAGACCAGCUGUGGGACACGGUGCCAAAGAUAUGAGAGAUAAAAGCUCUGGUCCAUCCGCAUUGUUCAAGCAGUACAGACCGCGUGCAGCAGCCAGCAUGGCAGGAGGCAUCAUGAUGGUCGUGGCGAGGAACAACAACGCCGCUGGUGUUCAGUGCGACCGCCUUCGUGUGCCAGUCAACGGCGAGAUCGUACUAAAAAAAUCCGACCUAUGGAGCGUGUCUUACGUGUGCCCCGGUCUGGCCCUUUGCGGUGCCUUAUCCCUUUACACCGACAAAGAAACCGUGUCCCUGUUGCAGCCCACUUGUCUGAUAAACUGUGCCCAAGAAUUACCUGACACGCCGCUACCCGAGACGGUGACCAAGUAUCAUAAAGUAACAGUGACCGACAGCCCAGACACGGACCUCAGGCCGCACAUGGACCGGAUAGCCGAUCUCAUCCAUCAGGAAUACUUAAACGGAGGGCUGACGAUUGUGCACUGUGCUGCCGGCGUGAGCAGGUCGGCCGCGUUCUGUAUAGCUUACUUGAUCAAGUACAGAGCAAUGGACAUGACCAAUGCAUACAGACACUUGGCCAUGUGCAGGCCGUGCAUAAACCCCAACCAGGGCUUUGUCGGUCAACUCAUAGAAUUCGAGGGCAAGUUCGCCGACGAUUGACCGCGGUCUGCCCGUCCAAGACAUUCCGCUAAUAAGCUGAUAUAUUAUAAGAUGUUAUUGUAAUAUAUUAUUUUGAUGAAGAGAUUUUACAUUUUUUUUUUUGUAUAAUGGCGUGACGGGGUUCAAACGGUAUCUUUAAGAGUUGUAAAUAAUAUAUAAUAUACAUAUUAUGUUUUUUGUGUUGGUUAUUAUAAUAUAUCAUUAUAAUACAUUUGGGGGUCUUCUUCUCUGUAUACCUGCUAGCGGCGGCUGGCAAAAGAAAACCGUCUUAUCAGCUGCUGUCACCGCGUCGACCGUCUAUUGUAAACAACAAUACAACGUCUUAAAAACAUACUAAUCAAAUAGAUAAUAUUAUCAUUUAUCGUUACAGC